AUGAGGCCGCAUCCGGCACGGGAGUUGUUUUCGAGAGCGGCUUGGCCGUCGUCAUUCUUGUCUUCCGUCAGCCAACCGGCGUUUAUGAAAUCCUGGAAAGGUGGGUACAGGCCAACCGCUCCUUGUCAAGGUAAAAGUUUAGAACAGUUUCAAAAUCCGGGGAAGUUGAUCGCGUGUGCACACAUGAGUGAUCUAUGA